AGCUGGGGCUGCGGCCGGUCGGGCGGACCGACUUGGGGCCCGAGGGCGGCCGCUGUCCGCGCCCCUCGGGCAGCUGCCGCCGCCGCCUCAGCCAGUCCGUCCGGUCGUCCGGCCCGUCCCUCCCCGGCUCCUCGGGGCUCCUUCGCCCGCCUGACUCCCCGCCCCUUCCCGCAGAGCGAAGAUGGUCAAGGAGACUGAGUAUUAUGACAUCCUGGGGGUGAAGCCCAGCGCCGCCCAGGAGGAGAUCAAGAAGGCAUAUCGGAAGCUCGCCCUCAAGUACCACCCGGACAAGAACCCGGACGAAGGCGAGAAGUUUAAACUCAUCUCCCAGGCUUAUGAAGUACUUUCAGAUGUAAAGAAAAGGGAAAUUUAUGACCAGGGUGGGGAGCAGGCUAUUAAAGAAGGAGGCACAACCAGCGGCAACUUCUCAUCACCCAUGGACAUUUUUGACAUGUUCUUUGGCGGUGGAGGACGGAUGACCAGAGAGAGAAGAGGCAAGAAUGUCGUGCAUCAGUUGUCUGUAUCUCUUGAAGACAUAUAUAAUGGAGUCACAAGGAAACUCGCGCUCCAGAAAAAUGUAAUUUGCGAAAAAUGUGAAGGAAUUGGUGGGAAAAAGGGAUCCGUUGAAAAAUGCCCCAUCUGCAAAGGGAGAGGAAUGCAAAUUCACAUCCAGCAGAUUGGGCCAGGAAUGGUCCAGCAGAUUCAAACAGUAUGUCUUGAAUGUAAAGGCCAAGGUGAACGAAUUAACCCCAAGGACCGGUGUGAGAACUGUAAUGGCUGUAAAGUUGUAAGAGAGAAAAAAAUUAUAGAAGUUCACAUAGAAAAAGGUAUGAAAGAUGGACAGAAGAUUAUGUUUCAUGGAGAAGGAGAUCAGGAGCCAGAGCUGGAGCCUGGAGACGUCAUCAUUGUGCUUGAUCAGAAGGAUCAUGGGGUCUUUCAGAGAAGAGGCCAUGACUUGAUAAUGAAAAUGAAAAUUCAGCUCACCGAAGCUUUGUGUGGCUUCAAAAAGACCAUCAAAACACUGGAUAAUCGAACUCUGCUUAUAACUUCUAAGGCAGGUGAAGUGAUAAAGCAUGGUGACUUGAAAUGUGUACGGAAUGAAGGCAUGCCCAUCUACAAAGCAUCACUAGAGAAAGGCUCUCUCAUCAUACAGUUCUUGGUUAUCUUCCCUGAAAAACACUGGCUCCCCCAAGAUAAAUUGCCUCAGUUAGAAGCUUUACUUCCGCCGCGACAAAAAAUAAGAAUCACAGAUGACAUGGAUCAAGUAGAACUCAAGGAAUUUAACCCCAACGAACAAAACUGGCGCCACAAUGCAGAAGCGUAUGAAGAAGACGAUGAGGGCCCUAGGACGGGAGUGCAGUGCCAGACGGCGUGACGUGGCGUGCGCGGACUAGCAAACUGAUGAAUGUUGUAGCUUCGAGAAGCCCCUGACUGAAAGUUGUGGUUUUCAGGUAUCAGAGCUGGAGCCCUAGGGCAGUCAGGCAGUCGAGGGUGACUGUGCCCACCUGCGAGUGAUGCUAUCAUCUCUGGGCUCUCCCCCACUGCUGCUAAGAUGCUGCUCUGGGGAAAGAAGACAGCACCCAGGCCUGAGCUGCACCUGCCUCACCAUGCUGAGAUGGGAAGGGCAGCCCGCAGCACCCAGCCCACCCUCUGGGGGGCCUGAGGAGUUAAGUUACCAGGCAGUUUUGGACUGGAUUCUCAUACUCCUGCUAACUCUUCCAAAACGUUUGUUGGUAUAAGCAAAAACUCAAACCACAGCACCUGUCUGGAAGUGACACUGAAAACACAGCGUGGCUGCAGUGCCCUCACUGCGUAGUGCCCACCUGACAUGACCCCCUGUAUACCACCGACCAAGCCAAAGAGCUUCACUGCAGAGAAUCCUUCUCUGCACCCCACAGCCAUUGUGUGGCCCUUGGAGGCUGGGUGUCUAUAGUAAAACAGUAGCGAGUGGAGAUAUUUCCACGUGUGAGCAACUUUAGGAACAGUUUGUAAAGUUCUGUCAAUCGAUAGCACUAUGUUCAAUAUGUUACUCACCUGUCCUAUAAAAUUUAACUUUCUUUUAAAAAAAGUGAUGACUGAGGAAGUUUGCGUUUAUACUCACAUGAGAGCAUUUCUUUCUGCUCCUGGAGAGCAGAUACCCAGCUAGUGGCCCCUACGUGUCUUCCGAGGGUUUCUGUUCUCUGACAACACUGUCCCUGGCCAUUAAUGGGUCUCUUAGCUUUACUACCAGCCUAUCACAUCUCUCUAACCUUGACCUACCCAUCAAAUUGCACUGAAUUCCAUUAUAAGUGAUAAAAGUCAGCCUGCCUGAAAAGGCAUGGGCUGGCUACCAUUUGUUCUAGUGGACAAGCACACACAACCGAGGUGUGGUUGUUGACAGUAAAAUGGGAAACGGCAUCAGUUAAGUCCUGCCAAACACAAGAUAAUCCUAUUGAAACAGACCUGAUUUAGCUACAGUGGAUAAAGGCCAUUUCUUGAAUUCUGACCUGUGAGGCAAUGUAGACAUGCAAUCAGGUCGAGGUGACUAAGUAACAGUUGCUGGGCUAAGACCGAGAAGUCUCACUUAUACAGCGUUAAUGGUUCCUUUCCCAAUGACUCAAAAUAGCCAGGUUUGGCUGGUACCAUACAGCUAAGACCAGAAGUGCUCAAAGUGCAUGUGAGACUUUGUGCUUAGGGGAAAAAACAACACCUGGCCAAUAACAUUCUGGCACAGAACAGAGCAAUGUGGUGAACUUCUUUCUCCCUGUGCGCAAAUGGAGUUUCACAUUGAAAAUGAAUCAAGGCUUCUGCUCCCCCACCCUUGGCAUUUUGUGUUUUCCUAACAAGAAUGAUUAGUACUAAGCAAUGCUAGUUCUACCACAAUUUAAUUUAUUUUUCUACAUUCUUCUGUUGAUUUAAGUAGACUGUCUAGAUGGGGACCAUAGAGGGGUGUUACUUUAAAUAAUUUUUUCACCUGUAUUUUCAAGUCAUUCUGAAAAUAAAAUUGCUCUGGGAUUUGAA